UAGGGAACAGGGGCCUGGAUGGAGAAAGGGCUAUCUGGGCUCAGCUCAGCUCACACUGGGGCUGAAUUUGAGAAGCUAAGGAGAAGGGGGACUUAGGAGCUUGGCCAGAGGGUGGGGGAGAGUGAGGCUCGGGUAGACUAGGUUCCAGCAACCCUACCCCUCCUUUGCUGUCCUCUUUAGCCAAACCUGAAGGCUGAUGCUCUGUCAGUCUUCACGGUGGGGACGUAUAUCUAGGGGUGGAGUGAGGAUGUCGGAGGGGAGAGCUAGGGCUGGGGCCUGGGAACUGGGAGGGGAAGGUCCUAAGAUCAGGGAGGAGGUAGAAGCCUGGUUCUCAAAUUCUCAGCUGAGCGUGGGCUUGGGGGGAAGGAUAAUCUGAGGAUGGAACUAAGAGAACUGAGGGGUUUGUUUGAGAGGUCAGAAAGGAGUGGGCAGUGGGACAGAUGUGGGUGUUGGGCUCAGCCUGGGGGAGUUGGGCCCAGCAUGGAUGAGCUGCUAGCAUGUCUCCCAGGUGACCCUGUGAGGCCCUCUCGGGGGCCGCUAGUGACCUGCACGUGUGAGAACCCACAUUGCAGGGGGCCUACCUGCCAGGGAGCCUGGUGCACAGUAGUGCUGGUGCAGGAGGAGGGCAGGCACCCCCAGGUACAUCGGGGCUGCGGGAACCUGCACCAAGAGCUCUGCAGGGGGCGCCCCACUGAGUUCGUCAACCACUACUGCUGCUACAGCCCUCUCUGCAACUACAAUGUGUCCCUGGUGCUGAAGGCCACCCGAACCCCUCCGGAGCAGCCUCAAGUAGAUGGCCAGCUACCUCUGGUCUUGGGCCCUGUGCUGGCCUUGCUGGCCCUGGUGGCCCUGGGUGCCCUAGGCCUGUGGCAUGUCCGGCGGAGGCAGGAGAAGCAUCGGGGCCUGCACAGUGAGCUGGGCGAGUCCAGCAUCAUCCUGAAGGCAUCCGAGCAGGGGGACAGCAUGCUCAGGGACCUGUUGGACAGUGACUGCACCACAGGAAGUGGCUCGGGGCUCCCCUUCCUGGUGCAGAGGACAGUGGCACGGCAGGUCGCCCUGGUGGAGUGUGUAGGAAAGGGCCGCUAUGGCGAGGUGUGGCGGGGCCUGUGGCACGGUGAGAGCGUGGCUGUCAAGAUCUUCUCCUCCAGGGAUGAGCAGUCCUGGUUCCGGGAGACAGAGAUCUACAACACAGUGCUGCUGAGACACGACAACAUCCUAGGCUUCAUCGCCUCGGACAUGACCUCCCGCAACUCGAGCACGCAGCUGUGGCUCAUCACGCACUACCACGAACACGGCUCGCUCUACGACUUUCUGCAAAGGCAGACGCUGGAGCCCCAGCUGGCCCUGAAGCUAGCUGUGUCCGCGGCCUGCGGCCUGGCCCAUCUGCACGUGGAAAUCUUCGGCACACAGGGCAAACCGGCCAUAGCGCACCGCGACCUCAAGAGCCGUAACGUGCUGGUCAAGAGCAACCUGCAAUGCUGCAUCGCAGACCUGGGCCUGGCCGUGAUGCACUCUCAGGGUAGCGACUACCUGGACAUUGGCAACAACCCACGAGUGGGCACCAAGCGGUACAUGGCCCCCGAGGUGCUGGAUGAGCAGAUACGCACUGACUGCUUCGAGUCCUACAAGUGGACCGACAUCUGGGCCUUUGGCCUGGUGCUAUGGGAGAUCACCCGACGGACCGUUGUCAAUGGCAUCGUGGAAGACUACAGACCGCCCUUCUAUGAUGCAGUGCCCAAUGACCCCAGCUUUGAGGACAUGAAGAAGGUGGUGUGUAUUGACCAGCAGACCCCCACCAUCCCCAACCGGCUUGCUGCAGACCCGGUCCUCUCAGGCCUGGCUCAGAUGAUGCGGGAGUGCUGGUACCCCAACCCCUCAGCCCGCCUCACUGCGCUACGGAUCAAGAAGACGCUACAGAAGCUCAGCCACAGCCCCCUGGAGGAGCCCAAAGUGAUUCACUAGCCCAGCACCUGACUCCCCUCUGCCUGCAGGGAGGGGUGAUGGUGGCCUGUGUUGGGUAGAGGUAGCGUGAUGUUUGUGCUGGGGAGGGGGUGACCCCUAUGGGGCAGCUGCGCCUGCCCUGCCUGCCUGCUCGGCCCCCAGCCCAUCCAGCCAAAAAUACAGCUGGACUGAAACUCAA